GCUACAGAUUGAGUCCUCAAACAUUAAGUGCUAUUGCUAAACGUUAUAGCAAGAACGGCAGAAUUUUCUUUGAUGACUAUGUUGCUUGCUGUGUGAAGCUUCGAGCACUGACAGAUUUCUUUAGAAGAAGAGACCACUUGCAGCAAGGGUUUGUGAAUUUCACAUAUGAGGAUUUUUUGCAGGGCACCAUGACAGUUUAAAUGCCUACAAAUUCAAAGCUGAAGAAAUAGUGUGAAUCCUUUUUGCUUGUGAGAAAUGAAGUGGACUACUUUAAAUUAAGGUUUUGGGGCUCUUUCUUGUUCCUACCUGAUAAAUCUUUUCUCUUUCUUUUGUUUUAACUUUCAAGGACAGUAAAAAGCAAUAAGAUUUAUAUCUUUAUUUGAGAUAUUAUUGUUUUUGGAGAAGUUAUCACUUACAAACUUUUGAAUAUUGUCAUAAAUAUUGCUAUAUUAUUAAUUGAUGUCAAUAUUUCUUAGCCUUAAUUUUUAAAUAAAAAUCUAGAGAUAUAUACUCACAUGAUAGAUUGCAUAAGAAGCCAAAUGAUUAAAGCCUAGAUAAAACAAUUUAUACUUAUCUGAAGAGUACAAGUUACAUUUUUGAAUUUUGUUUGCAGUUAUGGGUGUUCAAGGGUCAGAGAGAAGGGAAAGUAUGGAUUUUGUGCCAUGUUUGUAAUAGGAUUUGUUCUUUGAUCAAAUAAUCACAGAACAUAACCUUUUAAAUCUUUUCCUGUGAAGAAGAAAAUUGUACUUCAGAAAAAAAUGUGUCUUAUUUUGAGUCUGUAGUUAAAUAAGACUAGAGGAGGCAAUAUUUUAAAAAAUUUUUGUAGUGCAUAUUUUUCUUCAGUUUAUUUUAUUGUCUACUGUGGAAAAGAAAAUUUUUUUGUUUUCUUUAAGGAACAAAAAGUUGCUUUGUUUUAUUUCAUUUUUUGAGGUAGGAUCUCACUAUGUGGCCCAGGCUGGCUUAAAAUUCUGCAUCGUUCUGCUUCAGUCUAUUGAAUGCAGGGAUUAAGGUGUGUGUGCACUCCCAUGCCUACCCUAAAAGUUCUCAAAUAAACCUAGUUGCUUUUCCUGCUGCACUCUAUUUCAUCAGUGAAGACACACAUAGCCUAAAAUGUUACCUUUCUCCAAACCAGAUUUUUUGUUUUUGGAAAUGACACAUGUUUUUAAUGAAAUGUCAGCAUUUAAAUUUGCUCUGUUCUGUUAAGCAAAGGUACAUUAUUAUCUAAUGUCAACUGUUUAUGAAGUUUAAAAAUCAAGUAAUGUAGCACUUGAAAGUUCAGAAAUUAUAGUUUGGCUUAUUUGACACCAUUGGCUAGUGUUUUGGUUUUAGUGAACAAGAAACUGUCUUGAUUAUGUCUGUGUCACGGAGGGUACUGAGCAUGUCUCCACAGCGAUAUUUCUGGAUGGUUUUUCCACAGAAAUGGCAAAGCAGAGUCACCAAGUUCUUAACGUUCAAGAUCCUUGGUAUAAGCUGUCAUAGUGAAUUUAGUUUAUUGGCAGACACCCUAAGACUUUCUUAAUGAAGAUUUAAUAAGCCACAUAGUUUUCUUACACUUUAACUGAGUAUCUUCCAACUAAAGGUGAAUACAUAUAGACAUAAUUUUAGUAUGACUGGUGACAAAAUUAAUAUAUAGUUUUUAUAAAACUAUAUUUCUUUAAGGAUGCAAGAUGAAUAUCAGUAUCUUGGGAAAAGUCUUAUAAAUGUAAGGAGUUUUAAAUCAGUUUUUACUUCUAAUAAUCUUUUAAAAGAAGUAACAUAUAGUCAUUCUGCCAUUUUUAAAAAAUAACUUGCUGUCAAAUUCACUUGGUCAGUUUUAUAAGAAUGGGUUAGGAAGUAAUCUAUAACUUCUGUCUUCUGUAUUUUUUUUUUAUGGACAUACAUUUGACACUGUGAAAGGAUAGUAACUUGGACAUAAAACACAUAGAAUUUUAAUUUAAACUGUUUUAGGAGAAAGCAACUUAUUUUAUAAACAGACUGUAUCAUUCAGGUUUUACAGUUGUGAUAUGACUCCAGCAACCUGGAAUGCUAAUUUACAGGAGAUAGAUUGUCAGCAGUAUAAUAUUAUUCAUUAAAGGUUUUGUCAAGUAACUUAGGUCAUUUUAAAAUCACAUAACUCAUCCCUUUUGAAAGAUGUUCUUAUGAAUUUUGGCGUCAGGAGAUCUGUGAAGAGUUUCCAUGACCAAACAGGCUUGGAAGGUCUCAUCUUCCCCAGGGAGUUGAAUAAAGUACAUCAGCAUAUAAAAACCUUAAGCACAUACAAUUAUAUGUGAUUUUAUUUGAUCCAGUUUACUUCGAAAUUUUGACCACAAAAUCGCCUUUUCUGGGCAAACUAAAAUUCUAUGCUGAUCAAACUUCACUGUGAAGCAAUUAUUUUGCACUUACAUUUAAUGAACGAUCUUAUAAACACAUUAGGAAUAGAGGACAUUUUAUCAGGAAUUUUGUACUGAAAUCUAGUUCACAUUUUUAAUGCUGUUAAAGUAAUUAAUAUAAAGGGAUAUCAUUUCUUAAGGUAAAGGCUAAAUCGCUUCAUGCGAACAUGGAUGCAAUGUGGAAGUAGUGUGAUGGUUUGUACUGGCUAACUUAUGCCCAAUUUUCCUUAUAAUGAUGUAAAUUAUUAAAUAAUGUACACUCUUAAUGUAUAAGUGCUUUUAUUUAUACAGUAAACAUGUUUCCAUGUCAUUUUGAGAUUUUUUAAUAAACAUUCAAAUAGCUUGCUGUAAAGUUUUGUAUCAUACAAAAUUUGUUACAUAUAUACUAUUAUGAGAUGCUUCAGUUCAAACAACAGUGCAUAAAUUCACCAAUAUCUAAAAGAUUGCCAAAUGAUUAAAUGUCAGGUAUUGCACUUCUAUUAUGAGUGGCAGUUUAUACAUUUUAAAUUACAUCAAGGGGAAGUCAAUACUAUGGGAAUCUUAAUUUGGUCCACUUUAAACGUAGUUUUAAGGAGUGUGCUCAUUAAUCUGUUUUAAGCAUGCAUCCAGAAAAAAAUAGUAACAAAAAUGUUGUAAAGUUAUAUAUUUAUUUCCAGAAAAGGCAUUUACCCUUGAAGAAAGUAGAAUUUAUUUAGGUAGUUUAAAUUCUGUGCAAUUAGAAAAUAACAAAAAUCAUUUGUGAAUAUUUCUUUAAAAUAUACAAAUGAAGUUCUCUUGUAACCUUAUGGCAUUACUAAACUGGACAACAAAAUAAAUAGUAUU